CCGUCCCAGGCCUUUUCCAUGGCAGACGCCGAGGAGGUGCGGGUCUCUUCGCCGCCCCCGCCACCUCCUUUCUCUCCUUCGUCUUCAGACGCCUCUUCAGCAUCUUCCCCCGGCGUCCCAGUGAGUUUGGGCUGGCCAGUUCCUAGCAGCGGCCAAACGGUGGACCCGCUGGAGGAGGUGGAGCUGCAGAUCGGAGACGCAGCGUUUUCAUUAACCAAACUUCUUGAAGCCACAUCUGCAGUAUCAGCUCAACUGGAAGAGCUUGCCUUCAAAUGUACAGAAAAUGCACGUUUCCUUAAAACGUGGCGGGACCUCUUGAAAGAAGGCUAUGAUUCUUUGAAGCCUGACAACUGAUUUGGCUGUGUAAUAAUUUAUGCUUCUUCAUUUAUGAUUUUUGCAUAUGUCCCAUAUGUGUAGGAUAAGCUCCAGCAGUUCUCUAUGCUUGGAAUGAAAUUUUUCUUGGUUUUCUUCACUUUUGUGAAAGCAGAAUAGUGAUGUUAUUUUUGAUGCUGGCCCGUAUUUGUUUAUCUUUAAAUACUUUGUGUCCUCUAAACUUUCAUAGAAUAAUUUAUGAAAGUUAAUUUCAUCAGUAGAUAAUAUUAAUAAUGCCACAGUGUUAGGUAGCAAACUAGGUAGACAUCAUUCUAUUUGCUGUGCCAGAAGAUGCCAGGAAUGGCAGAGUUUGAAGUUGAGCUUGAUUUUAUGGACCAACGGAAGUGACUUGAAGGUUACCAAUGUUAGGUCCAGCUCCAUUAGGCUGAGUUGCCCGGAACCCAUGAUUGUGUCUUUAUUUCUCUAUCCCCAACACCCAGAACAGUGUCCCAUAACAAUCACUAAAUAUUUGUUGAAGAAAAGAGUUGACAACACAAUUAAAAGCUAUUUUUUCCUUCCUUCCUUUCUUUACCAUGAAGAUUAUAAUUGUUUCUCUAAAAAAUAUUUGAAUGAGAACCUCACUGACUUAAAGGAAAAUGUUCUCUUUUUUUACAGCAAUUUGAAUUUUGAUGGCAGCUUUUUAAAAUAUAAUAAAUAUUUUUUGCCCUUCUAUGAUGCUUUUUAGAAAAGCUUUUACUUCAGAAAAUGAAAAAAAUGCAUAUUUUCCCCCCCUAUUUCUAAGGUUAAUUGCUUUUACAGAUAGUAUUGCUUGUAUUUGAUGUUGUUACAUGUUUGAUUCCUCUCUUUAAAGCAGCUUAUCAAAAUUAUGGCUCUGUACUGUUACUUUUGGAGCUUUGCAAGUAGUAAUUCUAAAUUCUAAAUAUAAUACUUCUAAAGAAGUUACUUUGGGGGCUGGCCGGGUUAUGUAGUGGUUAAGUUCUCGUGCUCUGCUUCAGUGGCCCCGGGGUUUGUGCGCCCCGAUCCCAGGCGUGGACCUACACACUGCUUAUCAAGCCUUGCUGUGGCGGAGUCCCGUAUGCAAA